AUGACCAGGGGCCUGGAGACCGAGCCCUACGAGGGAAGGCUGAGGGACCUGGGAAUGUUCAGUCUGCGGAAGAGGAGGUUGGAGGAGGUUCAGGCUGUCACUGAGAGGAGGGAAGGGAGCGAUUCCUGCCGGCAACAGAGGAUAGGACUGGAAACAAUGGGGUUAAACUACAGGAGGGAAGUAUCAAGGCAGUGUUGCAACCAAGAGAAGUCAACACACAUUGGCAUCCCCAAGAGCAACAGAGCAAGGAUUUCUGAUGAUACUCUGAGGCCACAGAUUGCAAACCCAAAGUUUGCCACGAACAAUCCAACUCUCACCACAGUCACUUUAGAGAAACCCUUCUGUGAGUUUGAUGGCUCCAUGUUGAAAGGUGCUUCCUAUGAAGUAUACCUGUACGUCAUGGUUGACUCUGCAAUGACUUCAAGCUCCUCUCUGAUGGACACGGAUGAUAAGGCUCUCCGUGCUACUUUCCAACAAACCAGCGGAGGGCAACUUGGGGCUUACAAAGCCGCAUCAUUUGAUGUUCCCAACUGUAUGUCUCCUCCCAAGCUGUCUGAUGCUGCUGACGUAGCCAAAGCACCUGCUGUCUUGGCCCAGUAUCUGAUCAGAGUUGGUGAUGACUCCGCUUGUCUGUAUGACCCAAAUUUCCUAGAAGCGUGCAAUCCACCCCUUUCCGAGGAUACAUCCUACAGGUUUAAAUUUGUCUUGGUUGACAAAACAUCAGGUGCCAUGAAAGACCAAACUCUCUGGUCUGAUCCAAUUAAAACGAACAAGUUGAAGCAGUCUUCCUCCAUUGAUACUUGGCCGGGCCGGAGAAGUGGCGGAAUGAUCGUCAUCACUUCUGUCCUGAGCGUGCUGAUGUCUGUCCUUGUGGCUGCAUUUCUUACUGCUGCACUUCUUGCUGUACUGGCCUGGGGGAGAGAUUAUCACCUGGAUGGUGUCAGCAGCAAACGCCGCCUCUUCUCUGAUGGCUACCCAUCAUUGAAAGGAAUCCAAGAGAGGCUUCCAAUGCAAUUAGGUGUGAAUCCCAAACUAUCCAAUAUGCUGACCCAAGACGAGCACAAGAAACCUCUGAGUCCGACCCCUGGCUACUGA